AUGGCCUACCUGACUAUGACACCCGAUGAUAUUCAGGGUGACUACACAUGCGCUAUACGAGUCGAAGACUAUCGAUUGAGCACUAAAAAGGCCGAAUACAAGGUCGUAGUACAGCUUUCCUUCUACUCAUCGCGCGCACAUGCUACAGGUCACACGAGUUGGCACAUUUGGCGCAGUUUCUCAGCUUUUCGUAAGCUUGAUGAGCAGUUACGCAAGCGCAAUGCGACACUUAUGAAGGGUGUCAAGUUCCCCCCGCUUUACCGACGCAAAGCGCUCUUCCGAGUGGACAAAAGCCCCGAGUUUUUGGGAGCACGAGCACGUGAGCUCGAUAAUUAUGUGAAUGUCGUGACGCACAAACCGCAGCUUGUAGCUUUCCACUUGGCGGCUGUGAGCAGUCAAACGCUCAAGGGUUUUGUAGGGUUUAAUUCGGGUUUUGGAGCCAAUGCAGACUACGACCAACAGGAUGUGAAUCUCCGUCCAUCAUCCUCCAUGUUAGCAUCCCAAGCGGUCGUGCAAGCCACAGCAAGUGUCAUGGGAGAUGAUGACGACGACUUUCGCUCCGUUUCGAGUAUAUCCACAGUAUCUUCGAUUAACUCUACAGCGAGUGACUAUCGGUGGUCAGGAACGGGUUUUAUAGGCAGUCAGAGCUUUGCAAGACAUAAUGUACCACAAAUGCAAAUGGGCGGAGGACGCACGUCGUUUGCAAGCAGUCAAGGAUCGUUCGCGGGGUCAAUUGGCCCUGGAUCGUUGGGGGGGUCAAUUGGCCCCGGAUCUUCGAGAGGAAGUUGGUUUCCGGCAUCGUCGACUGUGUCGGACACCAGCGGACGUGCAUCAAUGGCGUCAGUCUCAAGUGGAUCGAUGAUGGCGAUGACGGCACCUGAUGUUAUUUCCCCUGAGCUGGAUAUGCAGCGAGCAAAGAUGGAGGAUCAGCUGGUGCAGAUGGGACUUGUGGGUGUCGGUAUGCCGCCCGAUGGAUCUUGUUUACUACACUGCAUUGUAUAUGAGAUGUAUCCGCUGCAGUGUCUGCGCGACUACCCAGCAAGUAUGACGGUGGUGAAUGUAGGUGCGGCAGACGGUAUGGCGCCACGACGAGUGGCAGCAGCGCAGUUUUUGCGAGUGAAGCUGAUGGAAUACGCGCUGGAACACAUUAAGAGUCUAGCGGGCUUUCUGAUGCAAGACGAAGAAGACGUGCAAGAGCAGUAUACGACCUUCCGAGACACACCAGACGAACAGGCUACGACUGCCGAGUUGUACGCGGUGGCGAGCAUGUUUAACAUUGAGUUGGUGCUGAUUUCUAAUGACGAGAGUUUUCAGAUUGACCCCGUGCUACCAGUAGAAGGUCUUCCGUCAGUGCGUGAAGGCCCGCGGCGUACAGUUACAUUGGGUUACCUGAUCCCGGGCGAUGGACUUGCUGGACACUACAUUUGCACGCGUGAGCGGCGUGCACCAUUUGGCAUACCUCAAAACAGUUUUGCUGGAGGCAGCUACCGUGGGUCUAUCCACAUAGGGCCACCAAAGAAUAUGAGCUGCGGCAUUUCAAAUAACCGGCGCUUCGAUCGAAUCCCGGAGCAGCGGGUUGAAUGA